AUGAUAAGUCCAAAGGAAGUAGUUAAUUUGAAUGAUUAUACAAAGGGAAAGAGUUAAGAUGGAGACGAGAUCAUGUUGGAUGGGACAAUAUUGAUCAAUGAGUGUUAUGUUGAAUUUGAUUGCAUUUAAUCUAUUUAUUUAAUUAAUCUUUUAUACUUAUCAAGAGUGAUGAAGCAAGAAGAUCUAAAUUAUUUGACUUACGGAUCUGUGAUUUCAAUUUCUCAUGUGUAAGAUGACCACUCAUUUAUUACAGCCGAUGGUUUUGUGAAGCGUUCUGUUUGUUUAAAGAACUUUCAUCAUAUCGAUGUGGUGACUGCAAAAAAUUUGGGUAAAAUGAAAAGCAGGCCAUACUUUAACACACUAUUUUAAAUAUUCCCAAAAUUCACUAACAAUACGAAAUAGGAGAUUUUGAAGGAAUUGCAGGGUGAGGAAUAGGAGGAGGAAACUCAACCAGCAAUUCAAAAUAUCCUGGAUGGCAUUCAGAAACAACAGAAGGCGGAUGAAAAAUCCAUAAUGUCUAAGGAGUAGAUACAAUCAUUUUCAUAGAAGUUGCUUUAGGAAUUCAAAUACAAUUUGGACACUUUCGAGAAGUGCAAAUCUCACAAGGUUUCGUAUAAAUCUCACAUUCAAUUGUUGCAUUUGGCAUCAUCUAAAUUUUUGGCUUGUCAUCAGAAGGAAGCGAGAGUGGAGAGUUCAAAUUACAAAAUCACUCUCGAUGAAUUGCCAAGUGAUGCAUCCUUAUUCAAGAUAUUGCCAGCUUACAAAUAUCAAAAGGAAGGAGAGUAAGUAAUUUAUGCAAGUGAUAUAGUGUACAUAGUAAGAGCAACUUCAUUAAUGAAUAAACUAACAUUUCUGCAUGCCUCUUAAGAAAUGGGCAAUUAUGGCAAAACUAAGAAGAAGUAGAAAAGUGAUGAAGACUUGUAAGUGUACAAGAAUGAGAAGGAUAUAAUCAAGAGAGAAGUGAAUGCAUCUUUGGACGAGGAAAACCAAACUCAAUGGAGAAUAUCAGUCUAUUCUGAUUACGUGCCAGAGACAUCAGGUUGUUUGAAAUGUGGAGACGUCAUAUGGUUGCAUCAUAGUGAAACCAACACAACCAUAGCAGCGACUAGAAAAGGGAAGCCUGUGGAUCAGAAGAACUUCCAUUCUUUCAAUUUGGUGGAGUGGUUGGGAGUUGAAAAUGUAGAGUUGAACGUGUUGAGUGGUUCAACAAAGGAGAGCUACGACGAAUACACAGGAGACACGCAUUCAAUGUGGAUAAUUGAGGCUGAAGAUUACAAAGAAGGAGGGAUAGUAACAUUUGAUAAGAAAUAUCGAUUCAAGCAUUUCGCCUCUGGAUUGUAUUUGGCAGGAACAAUAGAGAGGUUUUAUUUGGAGAAACAAAGGACUACAUAGACGUUGUUUUAUUUUAGUUAAUUGAAGAACACUCAAAUGAGAGAAAAGUCAGUAACAAGAGGGAAUUAUGCAUACAUAUGUCAUGAGAAUCAAGCAUAGGAGAAUACCAAUUAUUGGGUGGACAUCCAAUGGGGGAAAUCAUAAAUACAUACACCAGUAUUACAUCAGGAACAACACAAAACAGAUUAGAGUGUCUUCAAAUUAUAUGCUAGUAGUAGUAAUGAUGUAUGGGAAAUCUCAUUUGUUCUGAGUUGUGUAAAGACACUUAUGAAUUAUUUGGAAGAUGUUUCACAAUUAAAAUGGGAGAAUGAUGCUAAUGACAAGGAAGUGUUGAAAGAUCAUUUACUGAAAAUAUAAACUACCAAAUAAUGCAUAGAAGACAUCAAUGAUUUCUGUAAUAAUCGAUUGUAUAAUUCUACUCCUGAACAAAAAUAUGGAACCAUCAAUCAAUUUAGAUAGAAACUAUUGAAAGAAUAAUAUUACAUUGAUUUAUUAGUGAAGAUCUUGGUUUAAUAAUUGAAGCCUGAGGAUUUGGUAAUGUGGAGUCGUAGGUUCAUGAUCAUUUAAAUGCAAGACACUCAGUAACAGCAAGAGAAAAUGAGCAAUACAGAGCAAUCCAAUAAGAAGCAAGGUCUAAAGGAACAUGAAUUACUUGCCUAUGUUGCUUUCAAGAUCAAUAUGAAUCAAUCCAUCUAUACUUUGUUAACGUCCAUUUGCAAAUAGAAUCCAGAGAAUGAAAAGUACACCUUCGAUUUGAUUGGACAUUUCUUAGAUCACUGCAGACAUAUUCCAGAGGCCAUUAAAUGCAUGAUUUCAAUCAUAGGUAAUAACCAAGAAUUGCUAAGUCAAUUAUCUGCCAAUAUGAAGAUUGAUUACAAUCCCAAAGAACAGGAAUUCUUUGAACCAGAAGAAGAGAAGAUGUAAGUUCAGCAUCACAAAGUCUAAAAUAACUUUCUUAUUUUCUUCUUGAAUCUUUUGGAGAAUGAUGAUCAACCUCACAAAGCAGACUAUCUUACUUUUCUAAGAGAAAUGUGUGUGUAUAACAACCAAGGAAUCAACCAAAAUCAAGAAGCCAUUUAUAAGUUAUUGAAGAAACAUAAUCACAAGAAGAUUGCAUUGAUCAAAGAUAAAGAAGAUCCAGACAAAAUUACAUUAAAGGAUGGCAAAUUAAUCAUCCCUUUUAAAUUACAAAAUGACCCCAAGGAAAUGUAUUUCAUCAAUGAAUAAUUGCAAUUCUAUGCACAUGUUUCCUUCGGUAGGAACUAUUUGUGGAAAUAAGAAUUAGAACAGUAUUUUAGUAAGGAUUUCCUAUUUUAAAACAUUUGGCAAGACGAUGGCAAUAAAACCUAUAGUGUGCUUCAAGCUGCUUUAUGUAAGAUCGCCAUGAGUCUGUAUAUUGAUCAUGACCCUUUGAAUAGAGUUCAAUUGCCUAAAUACUGCAAUUUGUAUAAAGGUAUUGACCAAGUUGUGGAGAGUCAACAUAUGGACUUGUAUAAACCACUGAUUGAGGAUUUGUUUCGAUACUUGCAGGAUGUAAGGAAUCAGAUUGUUCAUUCUUUGGAUUCCAAAGAGAAUGGGGAGAACAACAGGGGUUAUGAUGUCUUAGAUGGUAAUGAUGAAAAAAGCUUAUUGAUUAAUGAAUUAUUGUACAAUUCUUGUCAAAUGAUGCAACUGGUUUUGGAAUUGGAUGUCUUCACAUUAUUAGAUAAAGAACCCAAUUAUUAUUACUAAUAGAUUAUCGACAUUGUGGUGCACUUCUUUUUUUAUGAUUUCAAGCAAUUGUAAUUGAUGAAGAGUGUGUACAAAUUAUAGAAGAAUGAAAUCAGUCAGAGAAAACAAAGAAAAGAUAAUAAUCCCUUAGGAAUUGGCUUAAAUUUAGGAGCCAAUCUAAUGAAUAUGGCUAAUCCUAUGAAUUUGAAUUUAAAUUUGAAUAACAUCUUUGGGUCUGAUGAGGAAUAGAAAUCUGAUACUGAGGAUGAAGAACAGAUUGAUGAUGGGAUUGUUGAUGAUGUACAAAUGUAUACUAAUCCCUUGAUGAGAGGAUUCAUCAAAUUGGAGAAUGAAUUGCAAAGUACAAUUCUAAUAAGAGAGGAGUCUGGGUCAAAUCAAUUGGAAAUUAAGAUCAAGUUGACUCUCUGCAAUAUAAUGGACAGAUUCUUGGACAUGAGGUAAAAUUAUUUAAUGUUGAAUGUGCUCUCCUUCUUUAAAAAGCAAAUCAUAGAGAGAAUGCAAGAUGGAAUGCAACAGACGAAAUUAACCAAAGACAAGGAAGAAUUACUGGUGGGUCUUUAGGAUUCUGAAAUUGACAUUAUCAAAAUACAACAGUAUGUGUAGGCUAAAACAGAUUCAAAUUUGUUGGGCUUACUUCCAAACAUAGCCAAAACUGGUAUUAAGGACAUAGAUGAGAAGGAGGAACAAAAAGAUGCCUUCGGAAUUGGAGCUUUAAAUUUUCUAAAUAAACUGGCAGAAACUAAACUUGAAUCUGAGGAGUUUAAAAUAUUCACCUAAAAUCUGAUGCUCAUUUAUGAUUUGGAUUAAUACUUCUCACUCAACUUACCAUAGGAAGACAUAACAAAAAUUUCAAAUCCCAUUGGUGUGGUGUUACCCUUUUUAUUUACAAACUUCUCCUAAAUUCACGAGGAGGAGUUGGAAAAAAGAUGUUUGGCUAUAAUAAUGAGGUUGUUCAAUUAGAGAGAGGAGUUAUGUAAUAAUUUAUUAAAAUUGUAAUUGAUUAGUGAUCCUAUUAAAAGUAAGCUUUAUGAGUAUUUGAGUGAGCAUGUAUAUCGAUUAAAUUAAUUAAUUGAUAGAUCUGAAGUGUGGUUAACGGAUUUCAUGAAAAACUCGAAGUACGAAGAUUUAGAUGAAACACUUGAAAUCAUCGAUAAUUUUAGAUAGGGAUUCUUCAAGGACACUCAGAUUUCUGCCAGAAUCAUGUCAACAGCUUCAGAGAUAGAUCCUGAAAAGCAGAACCUAAUGAAUGCCUUGAAGAUCUAUGUGCCUAUUCUAAAUUUAAUAAGAGAUCAAUUACAAUCUUUGGACUUUCAUUUGGAAAACAAUAAAAAUAUUCAAAAAAAAUAAAGAUUAGCUUAGUUGUUUAUAUAUGCAUUUUAAUUUUUGACCUAUUUUUGUCGAAGCAAUCAUGAAAAUCAAAUUUUACUAUCUUAAAGUCUAUCAAGUUUCGAAUUCAUUCACAUUGAAGUGGGUUAAAUUCCAUUGAUUUGUGAGAUUUAUAGGGACAAUCAAAAGAUGUUAUCUUCUAUCAAUAGAAAUGACAAGGUGUUUCACAAAUUCGUGGAAGCAAUAUACUAGAAUGGAAGGAAGGCUUAAUACUUGGAUUUCUUUUUAACCAUCAUAAAGUAAGGCAACAAGUACCUCUUCGAUAAUCAAUUACUAGUUCUGAAUACAUUUUUGGAGAAGGAAGAGUUAUUGUAUACAGAAAAGAAUGAAUUUCUCUUUGAUGGAGAAAUCUAAUUGCAGCAAUCUGACUUUUUGAAUGAUUUGGCUCAUCCUCCCCCUAUGAAUCAACCCUUUCGAUAUCACGCUAAGUUAUUGGACUUGUUAUUACAAUGCGCAUACAUAUAAGUGAUUGAAGGAGAUUAAAAAGACAAUUUCACAAUCAAUGUUGCUAAAUUGAAGAAGAAAUUCAGUUUGUAAUAUUUGGUUUCUCUAAUAUGCAAAUAAGACUCACUUACAUCGAAGAAUCCAUCAAUUCAAGAUUAGGGAUUCGGUUUAAUUAAGAAAUAACUAUGGAUAUUCUUGAUGAAUGUGCAUAUCACAAGUGAAAAGAGUCAUAAUGUGGCUAAGGAUAUUCAGAAUGACAUAUUGAGAAUAACAGAUUUCGAGAUCAAGAGAUUAGAGUAAUUGUCAAUGGACUAAUCCUACUCUAAAUAUUUUGACUUUCUAACAGAUGCAGUCUUGCCACUGUUUACUAAUUAUCUAAAUCGAAAAAAUGUGCCCACUCGUUCUGAAGAGGAUGAGGAAGCACAUGAUCAUGAAUAAAAGGACAUUGCGCAAUUACUUUGUUUUGCUAAACUAUUAUCACAGACAAUGAUAUAGUUAGGGAAGUACAUUACUAGGAAGAGACAUGUUCAAAGUUUGACUGGAUUUUUUUCAUUUUAUUAGACCACAGAAAUGGGUAGAUGUUGUUCCUCAUUGGAGAAUCAAUAAUAAAAAUGGGAAGAUCUAGGGGAGUAUUACAAUCUGAGGUUAGUUAUGUCUAAUAUAGAAUCAGGUGAGAAUGACAAUUUCUUAACUGAAUAAUAAGAACCCAUUCUAAUGUUUAAUUAAAAUGCCAUUCAAUAAAGUCAUGGAGACAAUCCUGUACCAAAAACUAUCUUCUAAAAUAAUAAUAAUUUUGCAAAGCCAGAUGUUGUGGGAAUGUAAUUUUGGCAAAAAUAAAACAAAAAAUAGAAAGAAGAGUAGCCAAUUAUUGAAAUGGAAGUGAAAACCGAAGAUGUAGAAAAGAUUGCAUUGGCUUGGGAUGAAUUCAUUAGUCAUUUAUGUUUGGCAGAUAAAAGCAAAAUCGAAAUUCAAGCUGAAACACAGAAAUUAUCAGAGGCUAUCCUUAAAUUUGAGUUGUACUUUGGAGGAUAAAACGAAAAUAAGAAUGAAAAGAACGAGAAGAUAUUGAAAGUGGAAAGGACUACACUGAUAAAGAAAUUUAUUAAUUUUCUAAGUUAUGCAUUGAAUAAUAAUCAGAAUAACAAAACUAUCAUAACAUUGCUCAGUGUCUUAAGAAAAUUGAUUGAGGGGAAAUCUAAAGAAGAGAAUCAAGGAGAACUUGAAGUAGAAGGAGAAAACAAUGAAAUGGAAGAAAUGCAAAAUCUCUUCAAUAAAUUGGGAGCUACAAGAAUGGUAUUGACAGUGCUAAGUGAAUCGACCACUCUAGAUAGUGAAAUGUUGAGACACUUUCUUAUGUUUAUAAAUACUCUUCUUUCUGGAGGUAACAAUAAAGUUCAGAAGACCAUUUCUGAAUUUAUGAAAACCUAUCCUAAAAGUGAAGUCAUUUUCAGUAGAUUGAAUAAUGUUAUUCAAGCCUAAAUCAAACAGAUUACGAUAAAGGCUAAGGAUAAAAAGAAUGAGGACUAGCUGUAAAAUCUAUAGUUGUAAACAGAUGAACCAAACAUCCAAGAAUUGUAAUAAGAGCAGGAACUUGAAUUAUUGCUGACUCAAGUGUUGAAGUUUCUUCAAAAUUGUUGUGAGGGACAUUAUUUGGAUUUACAAAAUUACAUUCGUCAACAAUCCAAUUCUAGAAAUUCCUAUAACAUGAUCAAUUAGGUUGCUGAAUUGUUGCUCACCUAUUAUUAUAAGGACAAAGCAUAAUACGAUAAUAUGGUGUUGUGUUUGGACACUCUCAAUGAAUUGGUAUAGGGUCCGUGUCCUGAGAAUUAGGUGGCAGUUGCUGAUUCUAAAUUUUUUGAAAUCGCUUCAGAUUUAUUUGGUUCCAGGAAAGAUAAGAAAUCCGCAGGCAAGGCUUAAACCAUGGGUUCGAAUUUCAGGACUAUUAAGACUUAAAACAACAAGUACAAGAGUAGCAGAUUUUAAAAGCAAUAGAAUGGAUCAGAUUUGAAACCAUGGUAAAUCGAGAGAAUGCAGACAAAGUGUUUGAUCUUAAUUCUAUCAUUGAUUGAAAUGAGAGAGAUCUCAGAUUCCAAUCCAAUUAUCAAAAGAAUCAUGAGACAUCUUACGCCUUCACUUCUCUAAAAACAUUUGGUGAAGUCGUUUGAUAAAUAUGAGAAGCAGUGUAAGGAAGGAUAUUAGAUUGAGGUUCUGGAUCAUAUAAAGGAGGAUCCUGAAAAUACAAAGGAGAAUGACGAUACCAGAGAUGAAUUGAUUUUGCAAAAAGGAUUUUAUAUUUAUUUCUUGAUGUGCUAUUAUAUGGAAUCAGAUAAGAAUGCUGAAAAUCAAUUUGUUUAGAUGUACAGAGCAAACACUAGGAAGAAGUUAAAAUAAGACAAAGGAGCCUUGGAGGAUUUGCUGUUUGGUGAUAAUAUAAUAGGCUAAUUGGUUAGUUUUGUAAUGUCAUUUGCGAAUAGUUGGAUUGAUCUAAUGAAUCAAAUCAAGAAGGAGGCUUAGAAACAAAUUGCCAAUUAGAAUCAAGGACCCGAUUAGUUGGACAAGUUGAACAAAGAGAAAUAUGCAGAGUAGAAGGAAGAAAAGAAGGCAGAGAAACAAAAGUAUAUUAAGAGGGCAUUUGAUUUCUUCUAUAAAAAUAGUGCUUCAAUAGAGGUAGUUAGAAACAAUGAAAUUGAGAUAGUGUAUUUUAUUUUGCUUCCUUACACCAAUAAUUUACCGAAAGAAUAGAAGGUUGAAUUUCAUGAGAAUGUGGAUAGAUCAUCGACAAAAUCAAAGGUGUAAUUUUUAGUUUAAGAAUCGGAGAGAUUGAUAGAGAUUUGUGAACAUGAGGAAUAAUUGAGACGCAUUUUCUAGAGAUAGAAAUUCUUGGCUUUGUUUGCUAAUUAUGUGAAAUUAUGGAAAGACUUGGCUUUCUUAUUUACUUUACUGUUAAAUCUUUUCAUAAUCGGAUCAUUUGCCAAGAAUGAUUCUGGUAAUAGACUAACAGAUUUCAGAUUAUUUCGAGACGAGAGAUAUUCUCCAUAAUAGACCAGAAAUAUCUUUCUCAUAUGUGGAACUAUAAUGGCUUGUUGUUCGAUAUUUGUUGUAUCCUUCUUUUUGUUUAAGAAUGCCCCUUUAAUCAUUAGAAAGGCUUGGAAGACGAAAUUACCAUUUGAGGAUAAAUUUACUUAUUGGCCAAUUCAAUUGAUUUACAAGAUCUUCAAGUUGUUGGCAGUUCUCUUUUACAUUUUGAAAGAAAUAGAAGUGGUGUAUUACUUAGCAUAUGGAGCCUUGGCUGUUAUUGGGACAGUGUUGCAUCCCUUCUUCUUUAGUUUCCACUUAACUGAGAUUUUGAUUAGGUAUCCAACUUUGAAAAAUGUGAUAAGAUCAGUAUGGGAACCCAAAUAAUAAUUGGGUCUCACAUUGGUUCUGUUUAUCAUUUUAGUAUACGUGUAUGGUCUCAUCGCCUACACUUUCUUCUUUGAGGAUUACAAAGGCAAAUGCCAAUCAACUCUCUUCUGCUUCCUUUUCACAUUUGAUUGGACAUUUAAAGCCAAUGGUGGUGUUGGAGGAUAUUUAUCAGGUUUGGAGGACGAGAACAAAAUCGAUAAAUAUCAGUUGGGAAGAUUUGUGUUUGACAAUACAUCUAAUAUAUUCUUAGUGAUUAUUAUGGUGAAUAUAGUUGCAGGUAUUAUCAUUGAUACCUUUGGAUCUUUGAGAGAGGAAGAAAGCAAUAAGAUUCGAGACAUUGAAGAUAAAUGUUUUAUUUGCGGCAAUCUGAAGACUACCUUCGAUAGAUUACAGGAUAGUUCAUCUAUGGGUGGAGGAUUCGAUCAUCACAUCAAAGUGAAUCAUUACAUGUGGAAUUAUGUAUUCUUCAUGGCGUACUUGAAAUACAAGGAUCCCACAGAUUACACAGGAAUUGAAUAGUACGUGUGGGAGAAGAUUUAGACCAAGGACUUGACUUGGUUCCCAUUCAACAAAGCUAGAGAAUUGUAAGGUCUUAAAUCAGAAGAAGAAGAGGACUCGAAAAGAAUAGAAAGACUGUCUACAGAUAUGUCGAAUGUUAUGGAAUAGAUGUAAUCAGUUAACCAAAUGCUGAAUUAAAUUAAAAAUAGAAAGUAAUCCAGACAUAAUGCUAUCAAAUCAGUUGAACUGCUAUGA